CAACACCAUAACCCUUUGUGUCUGCAUGAUUGUCAUCCGCCGGCCACCCCUACUAACGACGAAACCAAUCUGAUAGUGGCAGCUGGUCAUCAACAUGGUGGACAUAAACUUGGAGUGCGUGCACCAGAUCGAACCGAAGACCCGUUCUGCUGGUCAGCAGCAGCAGGAGCGAGGGUUAAAGGAAGCCUACCUGGAAGCGGUCCGCAUUCUGUUAGUGCUGCUGGAGAACAUCUUGGCGCAGCCGGAGAACUCCAUGUUCCGCACCAUACGGCAGGAAAACAAAGCUAUUAAAGAAAAGCUGCUGUCCUUGCCCGGCUGUGAGAGGUUACUGGAAGCCAUAGGCUUCGUACGCGCCCCCAGUUCCAACGCCUACACCUUGCCCACAGAGGUGUCACUGCAGCAGGUGAAGAAGUACAGAGAUGCGCUGAGCGAGAGACGCACUGCCUGGCUUAACGGCACAGUGUCAAAAAGUCCUCCUCAACAAAGCACCACCAGCACCACGCCCUUGUUCAUCAAGCCUUCUGUGGAAUAUCGCCAUAGAAUCGCCUUCCCCCGUGUAUUGCGCACCAAUAAUAACUUUCUGCAGUCGCUAGAGCUUUAUUCCGAUGCAGUCAUGCAGUACGAGGAUAACCUGCUGCUGGCUACUGGCCGCACUCUGAUUCCUGUGGAAGAGCUCACCGAAAUGGCAAGCGAGAAACUGAUAGACAUCCAAGAUCAAAUUGCGUCGGGUGAGCGCCAGGAGAAGGAGCCAUGUGUUCGCGACUUGCUGCUUGUGGAGCUGGUAAACUGGUUCAACACGCAGUUCUUCCAGUGGGUAAACAAUAUACCUUGCCGCGUGUGUGGGAGUGAAGAGAGCAGGCUGCGCCGCACUGAACGGGAAGGUGAUAUAAGGGUGGAAGUCACCGUUUGCUGCGGCCAGGAGAGCAAGUUCUACCGCUAUAACGACAUUUCCCAGCUCCUAGUUUCCCGUAAGGGCCGUUGCGGAGAAUAUGCCAAUUGCUUCACAUUCCUCUGUCGCGCCCUCGACUACGACGCCCGUAUUGUCCACUCGCAUUUUGAUCACGUCUGGACCGAGGUGUACUCCGAGGCCCAGAUGCGUUGGCUCCAUGUUGACCCCUCCGAGAACGUUAUAGAUUCUCCGCUGAUGUAUCAGCAUGGCUGGAAACGUCACAUCGACUACAUUCUUGCAUACUCUAGGGACGACAUCCAAGAUGUGACUUGGCGCUAUACUAAUGACCACCAGAAGAUUCUACACCUACGAAAGCUGUGCGGGGAAAAAGAAAUGGUGCAAACGCUGGACGCGAUUCGAGCAAAGCGGCGGCAAAAUUGCACCGCCGAUCGAAAGUUAUUCCUCAGCCAGCGCAAUAUGUACGAGGUCAUCGGCUUGACGCUAGAGCGUAAGCCGACAGAAAACGAGCUGAAGGGUCGGAGUUCGGGAAGUCUUUCUUGGCGGCAGUCACGUGGAGAGCAUACUUUUACCAAUAUAUUCGUUUUCAAUCUAAGUGCAACCGAACUACAAAAAAGGCAACUUAAUGUGCGUUACAGCUGUGCCACCGAUACAUACGAACGAUAUGCCAAAGAAGGAGAACACAUCACUAUUUUGGAUAGCUAUAAGACAUGGCAAAAAGCGCAAUUUUCCUCAAAGAACAUAUUUCGGAAAGUGGAACGCGAUUGGAAAAUGGCAUAUUUGGCUAGACUGGAGGAUACCGAUUGCGGAGAAAUUGCCUGGACGUUUGAUUUCAGCAAGACCAAUUUAAAGGUUAAGUCUUACAACUUAGUUUUCGAGACAAAAACUUUUGGCGACGGAAAAAUCAGCGUGACUGUCGAUGCCACCGACGGAAGCGCUUCGGUUGAAAAUGCCACUGGAUUCAAAAUAGUGGCCAAACUUACGGGUGGCAAGGGCGAUGUAGCAUGGCAACACACACAACUGUUCAGGCAGAGUCUUAAUUCAAGAGACUAUCCCUUCGAUCUGCAAGUGCAACUACAUUGAAGUCCUCAAAAAAUAUUUUGGAGAAAUUAAAAUGUAAUUGUAAAUAAUAUAAACGAUUCCCAGUCUGGAUGAAAAUAUAAUAAUCAAAAAUGUAUAUUAAAAAUUAAAUAAAGGCACAUAGUGUCGCUAUAUGUAAUUAUACUUGAAGUUUUAAGGACUAACUUUUAUGAAAUUUCUAUAUAUAUAGAACAAGCGCAUGGAAACAGUUAAUACAAAAUAUAAGGUUCUUAGAUUUGGGUUGCAGUUAAUUAAAAUAUGAAUGACAAAUUUAGAAACGACAUUUAAACUUUAUUUUCUUCUAUAUGUCAAUAUUUAUUUCAUCCGGAAUCAAAGCAAUAAAUAAUUUUAUUGGUCACAAUUGCUGGGACGAUUUUUCAAGAUUUACAUAUAUAGAUGAAAAAAGGCAAGACAAUUAAAAAGACUAGAUCGACUCGGCUAGUGAUCCUGAUAAAGAAUUCAUAUACUUUGUAUAUUUUGCUUACAACUAACGGGUAUACAAAUAGAUAUCAUAUGUAGGUAUUCAGCGAUUUUCAGAGAACCGCGCAGUGAUUUUGCCAUUUUACAUCACCAAAAAGUCAUUCGAUUAUUGCCUGCCCUUUAUGAAUAUCGGUAUAUUAAAAUUUUUCGAAACAUGUUUUUCGCUAAUCAUCUACAACAAAAUGCGCAUAUAUAUAUGAAUC